CCUAAAAAAACACUAGGGCUUUCGACUCCAAACUCUUCAAAGUUCAAACAAUGAAGAAGCCAAUAUCGAAGACAACUCGGAAGCAAAAGCUACUGUCGGAGGUCAAUGAGAUCGAGCUUCUCAAUUCAUGGAUCGAAUCCAAGAAACCCGACAGCGGUUCCAACCCCAUGUCCCUCCCGCCUCUCCCCUCCAACUCCCCCAUUGGGCGCGUGGACUCCACUUCCUUCUCCCGCUACGCCGGCGCCACCAAGUUCGCCGAGCUCCCCAUCUCCCGGAAGACCAGGGACGCCCUGCGCCAGGCCAACUACAAAGACAUGACAGAUAUUCAGAGGGCGUGUUUGCCCCACGCGCUCUGCGGCAGGGACAUUCUCGGCGCCGCCAAGACCGGCUCCGGCAAGACUCUCGCUUUUUUGAUUCCGCUUCUGGAGAAAUUGUAUAAAGAGAGAUGGAAUCCUGAGGAUGGGGUUGGCUGCAUUAUUAUAUCUCCGACAAGGGAACUAGCUAGUCAAACGUUUGAUGUGCUAAGAGCAGUUGGAAAGCACCAUAAUUUUAGUGCCGGCCUCCUAAUUGGUGGUCGGAAAGAUGUUGAAGCCGAGAAGGAGCGAGUAAAUGAAUUGAACAUACUGGUUUGUACUCCUGGACGACUUCUACAGCACAUGGAUGAGACGCCAAAUUUUGAAUGUUCACAGCUACAGGUUUUGGUCCUCGAUGAGGCCGAUCGUAUUCUUGAUGUGGGAUUUAAGAAGGCACUGAAUGCCAUCAUUUCACAGCUACCUAAGAGAAGACAAACGUUUCUCUUCUCUGCAACUCAAACAAAGUCAGUUCAAGAUCUUGCAAGACUUAGUUUGAAGGAUCCAGAGUACCUUAGUGUGCAUGAGCAAGCUACAAGAGCAACUCCAAAUCGUUUGAAACAAACUGCAAUGAUUGUUCCUCUCGAUAAAAAGCUAGAUAUGCUGUGGAGCUUCAUAAAGGCGCAUCUGAAUUCUAGGAUUUUAGUGUUCUUAUCCACGCGUAAACAGGUAAAGUUUGUCUAUGAAGCAUUUAAGAAGCUCCGUCCUGGAAUACCCCUGAAGUGUCUUCAUGGUAAGAUGAAGCAAGAGGGACGAAUGGGGACAUACUCACAGUUCCAUGAAAAAGCUACAGUUCUCUUUUCGACUGAUGUAGCAUCAAGAGGCCUUGAUUUCAACCAGGCAGUCGAUUGGGUUGUUCAGGUUGAUUGUCCUGAAGAUGUUGCAUCCUAUAUACACAGAGUUGGCCGAACUGCACGCUAUCAAUCCGAAGGGAGAUCACUUUUAUUUGUGAUGCCUUCAGAAACAAAAAUGCUUGAGAAAUUAGAAGCCGCAAAAAUUCCUAUAGAAAGUAUUAAGGUUAACAACAAGAGACUGCAACCUAUCAGUGGGUUGUUGUCAGCUUUGCUAGUCAAGUACCCUGGAACACUUCCAAGUUUGGCGAAAAGGGCCUUUAUUACGUAUUUGAAGUCUAUUCAAAAUCACAAGGACAAAGAAGUUUUUGAUGUGAUGCAACUGCCAGUUGAUGAGUUUUCGGCAUCAAUGGGUUUACCAAUGACCCCCAGGAUCCGUUUUUCAAACCAUAAACUGAAGUCCAAGAAGCCGUUGGAACUGUCUCCCACUGUUGAACCAGAACAAUCUGACAUGGAGAAUGCACUGGGGACUCCUAGAGAGGAGCUUGAUAUUGGUGAUUCGGAGGAAGAGGAAGUGGAAGGUCUUCUUCGAUUAAAUGAUACACCGACUGAGAGAGAGGAGGAAGGAAGACAAAUUCCAGAUAUUAUGCCGGCAACUCGGGUUUUGAAGAAAAAUAAGUUGAAGAAGAUCCAUCUCGAUAAACCAACGGGACAAAGGACAAUAUUUGAUGAAGACGGCAUUGGUAUGGACCCACUUGCAAUGUUGUCUGUUCCCGCAGAUCCCAGCAUUCUUGAUGGACUUCAAGACAAGAAAGAAGAAUAUCAUAUGAGGAUGAGGGAAGAGGUGAAGAAGGGAGACAAGCAAGAUAAGGAAACAGAGCGCAAGCGACGUCGUGAAAUAAGAAUGAAUAAGAAGAUGAAAUUGAAGAGAGCAAAUGCAGAAGAAGGGGAUGACGUUUCUGAGUCGGAAGAAGAGCCAUCUGAUCAUCCAUCGCGCAAAAGGUCAAAGAUAUACUUUGAUAGUGAUGAUGAUGGUGAGAGAGAAGACAAGAAGAAUAAAGCUGGAUUAUUUGCUGACAAAAGUUAUAUAGACCAUCAGGAAGCUUUGGCUCUUAAAUGGCUAGGUUCUAUGCACAAGAACUAAACACUUCCAUUGCCUAAAGUUUCGUAUUUCCUAUAUAGCUUUGGAGCUAAUCUCUUGGAUAAAAAGGUGGCGCCUUAGAUUUUGGUUACUUAAGCAGAGUGCUUCUCUUUCUCAUUUAUUAUAGCUCCCAUCUCUUCUUUGUUCCAUAUGAUAUUGAGCCGUGAAUUAUACUUUUAUGAUAUGUUGAGUGGAAAUUUGCAGUGGCAU